UUUUUGUGAGUAAAGCGCAUCCACACAGAAGUAAAAGGCAAGAUGCUCAUAUUUACUUGCUUAAUAACUGACGUCCCUAAUAUGAUAUAAUUUAAUGUACAUUAAAUGUUCAUAAGGGUUUUCGUUAUGGAAGUUGCCUUUUCUGUCACAAACAGCUCGUGCACUUUGAAACACCAAAAAAGCUAAAUAAUGCUUUAAUUCGCCAUCAUUGAGAAAAACGGAGAAAAUCAACAAAUACAAAUUAAAAAGUGAAACACUUUCAGUCAGUCUAUUUUCUAUAUUUUUAUAGAAACAAAAAGAUAUAAGGUAUAAUCCAAAACAAACAAAUACAAAGAUAGUUACAAGAUAAUCCUUAAUUAAUGGAUCCAUUAAAAACAAAACAUAACCAGCCAAUGUUCAAAACUAUCUCCUUACCUUAGCCUGAUUCACAAUAGUACAACUGUAAUAAUAUUUUAUAAUAAAAUUAUACUGGUGGAUUUCUGCAGAUUUCAGCAGUUCGUCUUUGCGUCAUUACGUCACAUCAGUAAACAGAAAGGAAGGAGUCCCAGCUAGAUUACGCAUCCCAGGACAGAGUGUCCGAACACACAGAAAAACUCCUGGUGAAGCAGCUGAGAUCCAUGUGACAUACAAGAUGGCGUUGAUUAAACAGGAGAGUGAAGAAAUGAAGAUUGAAGAAGUAUUCAGUUUGAAACAAGACGAUACUGAGAAACAAAUAGACAUGAUGGCCCUGAAAGAGAAGGGUUAAGAGCUGAAUGAAAUGGAAGAGAAAGAUCAUGAUGAAACACAGUCUACACAGAUUGAAAAGACAUCACGACAAAGAGCUAAAAAGACAGGAAAUAAAAAGAAAUUCACCUGUCAACAAUGUGGAAAGAGUUUUGAUCAGCGUGGAAACCUUAAAGUUCACAUGAGACUUCACACUGGAGAGAAGCCUCACACCUGCAACCAAUGUGGAAAGAGUUUCAAUGAAAAAGGAAACCUUAAAAAGCACAUGAGGAUUCACACUGGAGAGAAGCCUUACACCUGUCAACUAUGUGGAAAAAGUUUUGCUCAAAAAGGAAAAAUUAAAAUCCACAUGAGAAUUCACACUGGAGAGAGCUCUCUUACCUGCCAACUGUGUGGAAAGUAUUUCAGUGAAAAGGAAAACCUUCGAACCCACAUGAGAAUUCACACAGACUCUCUCACCUGCAAACAGUGUGGAAAGAUUUUCACUCAAACAGGAAACCUUAAAAACCACAUGAGAAUUCACAAUGCACAUAACUCUUUCACCUGUCAACAGUGUGGAAAGGGUUUCACUCAAAAAGCAAACCUAAAAGCCCACAUGAGAAUUCACACUGGAGAAAAGCCUUUCACCUGCCAACAGUGUGGAAAGAGUUUCAGUGAAAAGGGACAUCUUAACAAGCACAUGAGGAUUCACAGUGGAGAGAAACCUUUUACUUGCAAACUCUGCGGGAAGUGCUUCUCACAGGAGCUUAUCCUUAGGUAUCACAUGAACGCUCACACUGGAAAAAAGCCAUUCGUAUGUAGUCAAUGUGGAAAGAGUUUCAUACAUAAAGUGGAGCUUGAGACCCACAUGAGAGUUCACACUGGAGAGAAGCCGUUCAAAUGUGAUCAGUGUAAAAAAAGUUUCAGAGGUCAAAUAAACCUUAAUAGGCAUGUGAUGAGGAUGCACACAAGAGAGAACUGUUUUCAAUGUCGUCAGUGCGGAAAAAGAAUCAGAGGCAUUAAUCGUUUCAAUGAUCAUUUAAAAACUCACUCUGGAAAGAAGUCUUUCAUGUGCCAACACUGUGGAAAGUAUUUUAUAAAUGAAGGAAAGCUUAAAACUCACUUGAGAUUUCGCAAUGGAAAAAGGCCUUUGGGAUGUGUUAAGCGUGAGAAAAGUUUCACACAUAAGAGAGACAUGAAACGACAUUUGCGAAUUCCCUCUGGAGAAAAAAAUUUGAAGUGUGAUCAGUGUAAGAAAAAAUUUCCUUCACCAUUACACUUAAAGAUACACCUGAGAAGUCACAAAGAUUUCAGGCCCUAUUCAUGUUCAUCGUGUGGAAAGACUUUCAAAUGGCUCUACAAUUUAAAAUGGCACCAGAAAAUACGUAUCUGUUUGAAAUACCGGCUGCGUUCACGCCGCAGAUGAAUGUGGGCCAAAUCGAUUUUCUGCUCAAUGUUUAUUUGUUUAUUUUUUGGGAUGAGACUGUUCACAUGACCUUUAUAUCCUCACUGGCCACUUUAUUAAAGAUCUCUGUGGUGAAAAUCAAGUUUUUAAUGUUGUUCAUUUGUCUGUGUGGUGGUUUUAAGAUGCAAACUUGACACUGACUUGAAGUAAAGCCAAUAAAGUUCAUGUUUUG